UCUUAGGAUAUGUUUUCUACAGUUAUAAUUUCAGACUGCAUUAGAUGACGUUCGAAUUAAACUCAAAUCAGCAUAAAGCCGUCAGAAAGCAAUUCUGAAUACGCUUAUAUUUGAAUAUACGAACGAACGUACAGGGUAAAGAACAGCAUCACAGGAAAGCACUUCCCCGAAGAAAUGCGUGUCGAGUCUCCUGAGAUUAUUAACGCAUAAUACCGGGUACUCGCUCGCGCCAUCUGACCUGAGUCCAUAGCAGAAACAAGCGCCCAGUGCAUCGUUCGCUGAACAAGUUUGUUGCGUCUUAGAGUCGGACAUUCAUCGCAAAUCUAAGCGUAACGUAGAAGUAGCUAUAAUUUACCCAGUGUCAUGAACAACUGGGGGAAAAUCGCGCUGAUGAAUCCGAGAGAACAGGACACGAACACCACAUCGCAACUCACGUUCCUUAUGAAACACCUGGAGCACAGCGCUGUUCCCGUGUACAGCUUGGAAAAUGUCACCUACAACUUCUCCAUAGGUGACCAGAACUCCACUACGUGCGCCCAGAUCAUGAUUCCUCACGAAUUGUUUUUCGCCCUGGGUCUGAUAAGCUUGAUAGAAAAUAUUUUCGUAAUACUAGCCAUCAUCAAGAACAGAAAUUUGCAUUCCCCUAUGUACUACUUUAUUUGCUGCCUUGCUGUGUCCGACAUGCUGGUCAGCGUUAGCAAUGUAGUAGAAACAAUGUUUAUGCUGGUCACUGAGUACGGACUCUUGAUUGUCACACCAAGCAUGAUGGAACACUUGGAUAACGUCAUUGACAUCAUGAUCUGCAGUUCAGUGGUGUCCUCCUUGUCCUUUCUGAGCACUAUAGCAGCUGACCGCUACAUCACAAUUUUUUACGCGCUGCGCUACCACAGCAUCAUGACCAGUCAGCGCGCUGUAGCCGUCAUUGUCAUCAUCUGGACGGCGAGCACCGUGUCCAGCAUCCUGUUCAUUUCAUACCACAACGACAACGCCGUCAUUGUGUGCCUUGUCACUUUCUUCUGCAUUACGCUGAUCUUCAAUGCCGCCCUGUACCUGCAUAUGUUCAUCACGGCGCACUUGCACUCCCGCCGUAUAAUCGCCUUCCACAAGAGUCGCCGCCAGGCCACCAGUAUGAAAGGCGCCAUCACCCUGACCAUCCUUCUGGGCGUGUUUAUUAUAUGCUGGGGUCCGUUCUUCCUGCACCUCAUUCUCAUUCUUACGUGCCGAAGCUGUACCUGUUUUUUCAGCUACUUCAACCUCUAUCUGAUCCUCAUCAUUUGCAAUUCACUCAUAGAUCCACUCAUUUACGCGUACCGGAGCCAGGAGCUGCGCAAAACCCUGAAGGAACUGGUGAUAUGUUCUUGGUGUUUCACUAUUUGAGGCGAAACAAACCGAAGUAAGACAGAAAUGUGCCUCAAUAUCGUGCCCACAAAAUGACCCGAUUUGCACGGAAAUUGGCUAUACGCCAGGGAGGAAAAGACAGAAACAAACCACGCCAUUCUUAAAGCGAAUGUCAGUUUUGAAUAAUGUUCUUUUUUGCCACAAACGUACGUGGUAAUAUCGUAGCCGAAAACUUUAAACGCUAUUUUUUUUCGUGGAGGAUAUUUCGAUUAUUUAUGAAUUCAUAUAGUUUGUAGAGUUUAUGGUAUUACAGGACAUAUGAAGUUUAAGAAAGGCGCUUAAAGAUUCCUAGAUAUUUCCUUUUCCUCGUUAAAAGAUAUCGCCCGAAUAGUGUUAGCAUAUUGAAAGACUAAAUUGUUUUAGAUAAUCUGAACGGAAAUACUGGCUCUAAAUGUGAACUGGAGGUGGUUUUAUAAAAACCGAAAACCUUUUAAUUUCCUUUUUUUCCUGAAUGUUGGGUGGCUUUAAGUGAUUAAUUAUCCCAUUGCAAAAAAAAAAACAAAAACACCUUUUUAUUUAUGGAUUUCAUAUAGAGGAUAAAAACGAAUUUGGUUGCCCAAACUGUGUCAAAUAAUAUGUGAAGGUUCCUGUGGUCUAUUAAUCACGACAUUACAUCUUAUCUUCUCAGGUUCUCAAAUGCUUUGCUGUCAUCGCCUUAUACUACUUUCGUUUUUCAUACAUGCAAGAUGUUAUUAUGUGUAGCAGGACGCAAAUAUAUUUUUCGUUUGUUUGUUUUCUUGUACAAAAGUAAACAUUUUCUUAGAUAUAAAGUAACAAAAUGAUUGCGUGGCUAGUUAAUUAAGUGUAAUUUCUAUUUGGUCUGUUUUUAAUUUGGGGUUUAAUUUUUGCUCUUCGUGUUUAACUGGUUCCAUUAAAAUGAAAUUCUUAGUGAAUGUGCU